GAUGCAGGCUCUGUGCCUCCGACCGGCAGACAUUGUUUUCAUAGCUCUGGUUUACUACAAUCAGCCAACACAGGCACAGUUUCGUGGAGAUCCCUCUGUUGCAAUAAUUCGGAUUUUCAAAACACGGUCACUGAAGAGAUUCCUCUACAAUCUGUUUGGCAAUAAAAAAUAACAUUGACAGAAGAAAUCACCGUCGUAGUUCCCCUCCGGAAACCAUUUGUCUGCUUUUCAAUGAGAUGAGGAAAAUCCAGGCACUCAGAGACGACUCCUGGCUAUCGUCCUAGUCAAGGAUUCUGUAAACUCUGCUUUCUGUUUCAGCUGUGGAGAGGUAGAAGGCAUUGACUGUUUUGGACCAGAGAUUCCGGUCCCCGUACCAGAAACUUGUGACGGGACGGAGGAGUGGACACAAACUAAGAACCUUCUUCGCUACAGCCAGCCGUGUUGGAUGCAGCUGAAUAACAAGCUGAGAAAAAUAAAGAGCAUUGGACUUUCCUGCUCCAUUCAAAGGACUGCCAUCCAUGUGGUGGUAUGAUGAGACUGUGAGUCAGGAGAAACACAAUCAGACGGGAGCAGAUUGAUAGAGGGAGAGAAAGAAAGGUAGAGGAGUGAGUGUCAAGGUGCCCUCCUGACCCCAAGGUGAUAGCACCAGUCAAGGCAGCAGGAUGACCAGCCUGUUCAGGCGAAGCAACAGCAAUGGAGGCUCCGGUGGAGGAGGAGGAGUAGGUGGUGGUGGUUCUUCCCCAGGAGAGCUCAACAACAGCCGGCCUAACCGACAGGUGCGGCGCCUGGAGUUUAACCAGGCCAUGGAGGACUUCAAGAUCAUGUUCCCCACCAUGGAUUACGAGGUCAUCGAGUGCGUCCUGCGCUCCAACAACGGGGCGGUGGACGCCACCAUCGACCAGCUCCUCCAGAUGAGCAUCGACGGAGAGGGAUCGGAUGACAGCUCUGACUCCGAUGAUAGCAUCCCACCAGAGAUUCUGGAGAGGUCAUUAGAACCUGACAGUUCCGACGAGGAACCUCCCCCCGUCUACUCACCGCCCACUUAUGACAUGCACAUCUACGACAGGAAGUACCCCGAGGCCCCGCCCACUCCUCCACCCAGGUUUGAGGCCCAGCUCCCGCCAGGUCACCGGCAGGUCCGCAGCUACAGGAACUGGAAUCCACCGUUGCUUGGCAACCUGCCAGAUGAUUUCCUGCGGAUCCUGCCACAGCAACUGGAUAGUAUACAGGGCUCACAGGGCAGUCUGUCCCAGCCUUCUUCUUCCUCCUCUCUAUCCUCCAUCGUCCAGCAGACAAACCAGGGAGGUGUCUCCAAGCCAGGGACUGGUGGAGCCCUAGGGGCACCUGGAGGGCCCGGGGGCAUGGCAGGGGUAGUCACGGAGCAGGAGCGUAAACUGAAACAGUACCUGGAUGAUGAACGCAUCGCUCUGUUCCUCCAGAACGAGGAGUUCAUGAGGGAACUGCAGCGCAACCGCGAGUUCCUUGUCGCCCUGGAGAGAGAUCGCUUGAAGUACGAAUCAAAGAAAUUCAAGUCCAAUCAUUCAUCCUCUUACAUGGAGAAUUCCACAGCAGGUAGAUGUCAUUCAUCCUCUUACAUGGAGAAUUCCACAGCAGGUAGAUGUCAUUCAUCCUCUUACAUGGAGAAUUCCACAGCAGGAGAGCACUGUGCUUCGAGGUCGAUGGAGGCUUGUACUGCUGUGUCAGAUGACGCCAUGUUCAGAGACAAACUCAAACACAUGGGCAAAUCAACAAGAAAGAAGCUGUUUGAAAUCGCCAGAUCAUUCUCUGACAAGACAAAGAGAAGAAAGUUAAAAAGAAGAACACUCCUGAAGCACCAGUCACUGGGCACAGCCAACUCCACAGCCAACCUCCUGGAAGAUGUGGAGGGAAGCCCAGAAGAUGGCCAGCCCAGAAGAUCAGACACUCAGGAAGAUGAUGUGCCACACAAGGAGCCUUUGUCAUGAUUCUCCAAGGCUGCACCACAUCAGGGUUUCCAUGGUGACAGCAGAAUGACCCAUGGCUGGUGGCCACGCAAUACUUUGGCUCCCUCCCCUAACACAGGCCCGCCAAUCUCAGGCCCAGAAGUGACCUGGGACCACCCCCUCGCCCAGGAGGAGAGGAAGCAGACUGCUACCACAUCUCCUUAACUCUGACUGUUCAUAACCGCAUUGGAUUACCAUUAUAAUCUCUGUAUUAUAACUCUUAGUUAAUAUAUGAUUUCAUAUGUAAAGGGAAGAUGCAUUAGUCUUUUGACAGUUCUUUUUUUGUUGUUGUGUCAGCUCCCUUUAAUCCCCAUUGCAGAAGGUAUGGCAGCCCUGCUGGUGAUGAUCUUAACAUAUGGACUCAUCUAGUGUUACCACUCUAAUCUCUUUGAUAUGGCUGGGGUAGGUCACUCUAGAGCAGGUCACUCUAGAGCCAAAGUGUGCACAAGCACCUCUGAAAUGUCCCAUAAUAAAUCAUGUUCACUCCCAGUACCCAUGUGACUAUGCCCAUUUGGUCACAGUUUUAAACAGACAGUAACCAGUGAUGAUGUGGCAAGUUUUCAACUAGAAUCACAGCUCAAUCCCAUGUUUCCUGAAAGUUCAGGACACAGAAACAACUUGUAAACAGAGACUCUAACAUUACAGUUGACUCCCCCUUGUAAAUCUGGAUUUGCCUCGGAGCAAUUUGACAGCAGAUGAUAUCAUCAGAGACCUGUGUAUGUCAGUCAAGGGGUUGUUAUUUAAGUUGCCCUGCUCAAAUGUCAACAAACCCUUCUGUUGCACCCUCCUAUAUCAAAGAGGCAUUCAAACCUGCCAAAAGGGUCACUUGUUCCAAGCGGGUCAUAUUUCAUCCCAUAUUGUUAUGUCAAUGUGUAACUAAAUGCCAAGUGUAACCUUUAAUCCCAUUUCAGGAACUCUGACAAACUUCUUAAGAUUUCAUGUGAACUGAAAUAUCCCUCAAGCUAACUGACUGCCAUAUCUCACUAUUCUCAUGUCUUUUUCAAUACAGUCUUUAUAUACUAACCCUAUUUCGUUGAGAGUAAGGAGGGGUGCAUAUUGCUGAAUUUGUGUUAUUAAUGAGUACACAAUAAUAUAACUAGUAGAAAUAUUUGCUAAACAAAUAUGCCAGUGAUCUGUGCACAUUGUUGAUAAACGUGUUUUAUGUGGUGUAAUGGGAAAUGAACCGUUUGUAAUGGGAAGUGUUGGGCAUGGAGAGAGCAGAACAUGAUAUGGAUGAUGCCUCUGUGAGGUGAGGACUGGCAUUGAUCUUGAUUAGAUGCUGUUGGGUGUAUCGGUAGAAAAGAGGAGGCUGAUGAUGACCCAGCGCUGUGAUACGAGUUUCAACAGACAGUCGAGCUAGAUUUAAAGUCAACCCUUUGAGCCACUAUCUGAUUCGCAAGGUUCCACAUUGAUCCGUCACUUUCCCAACUAUUGGAAAUGAUUACUGUCUUAUUCUGAAGCCUUCUCCCCGAAGGGUGCUCUUUGCUCACGAUCGUUAAAAAGGAAGGGACAGACUGGUGUCGGAAAUAUGGUGUCAACUCUCUCCACCAUGCUUCUAAAAAUGUCUAUGUUUUAAAAUUGAUGCAUAAAAGUGAGCAAGCCAAGUGCACACUUUAGGGAGAAGGGUGGGGAAUUGGAACACCAAUUCAUUCACUCUACCUUCUUAAAUGGAUUUACAUGUAAAUGUUUGAUUUGCUACCUCUCAAUCUAGAUGGCUCCAUGAUUGAAACGAAUGUUUUUACUAUUGAAAUGUAAGAUGAUUCAAAUCAAAUCACCCAUUUACAGUUUUUCCUUGAUUCAGGAAUGAGACGUGUUUUAACCCUUCUCUGUCAGGAUGUUGACAGAAGACCUCAUUGGUGAUAGGUCAUGUGUUGUAUAUAAGGAGAAAGGUAUGUUUGUUGAACAUACGGAGAAAGUUUUCUAUGUACAAGUAUUGACUGUGUGAUGGGAGGCUGAAAUCGACCCUUUCAGUGUUCUUUUUGAAGUCUUGAUGUUAUGGAUUGGGUUUGGAAUUUUGCCCCUUUGACAAUUUCUGUCUGUUGUCAUUUUCUUGUUUGUUAGUUUUGCUCUCAGCAUUUUUCUCAUAUAGGUCUUCAAACUCUCUAAACAUGUUUGCCAAUAAAAUGUGUUUAUUGCCCUUGCCA